GAAUUCCUCGCUUGUUGCUGAUUUCAUGCCCACGUCCUCAUGGAACAUCUCAAGUGAAUUAGAUAAAGAUUACUUCCUGACGCUGGACGAGCCCAUGAACAACAUCACCACCACGCUGGGGCAGACGGCGGAGCUGCACUGCAAGGUGUCGGGGAACCCCCCUCCCACGGUGCGGUGGCUGAAGAACGACGCGCCCGUGGUGCAGGAGCCGCGCAGGAUCUCCUUCCGCGCCACCCCGUACGGCUCCCGCCUGCGCAUCCGCAACCUGGACACCACCGACACCGGCUACUUCCAGUGCGUGGCCACCAACGGCAGGAGGAGCGUGUCCACCACCGGCGUGCUCUUCGUCAAGUUCGGUCCCCCGCCAACAGCGAGCCCAGGAUCCUCGGAUGAGUAUGAGGAGGAUGGGUUUUGCCAGCCCUACAGGGGCAUCGCCUGCGCCCGCUUCAUUGGCAACAGGACCAUCUACAUGGAGUCCCUGCACAUGCAGGGGGAGAUAGAAAAUCAGAUUACAGCUGCCUUCACCAUGAUCGGCACCUCCAGCCACCUGUCGGACAAGUGCUCCCAGUUUGCCAUCCCCUCCCUGUGCCACUACGCCUUCCCCUACUGCGACGAGACCUCCUCGGUGCCCAAGCCUCGGGACCUGUGCCGGGACGAGUGCGAGAUCCUGGAGAACGUGCUGUGCCAGACCGAGUACAUCUUCGCCAGGUCCAACCCCAUGAUCCUGAUGAGGCUCAAGCUGCCCAACUGCGAGGAUCUGCCCCAGCCCGACAGCCCCGAGGCCGUCAGCUGCAUCCGCAUCGGCAUCCCCAUGGCCGACCCCAUCAACAAGAAUUACAAGGAUUCCAAGGAAAAGAACAAAAUGGAAAUCCUGUACAUCCUGGUGCCCAGUGUCACCAUUCCCCUGGCCAUAGCCUUGCUGUUCUUCUUCAUCUGCAUCUGUCGCAACAACCAGAAAUCCUCGUCCCCUCCGGUGCAGAGGCAGCCCAAGCACGUCCGGGGGCAGAACGUGGAGAUGUCCAUGCUCAACGCCUACAAACCAAAGAGCAAAGCCAAGGAGCUGCCCCUCUCCGCCGUGCGCUUCAUGGAGGAGCUGGGCGAGUGCGCCUUUGGCAAGAUCUACAAGGGCCACCUCUACCUGCCGGGCAUGGACCACGCCCAGCUGGUGGCCAUCAAGACCCUCAAGGACUUCAACAACCCCCAGCAGUGGGCGGAAUUCCAGCAGGAGGCGUCGCUGAUGGCCGAGCUGCACCACCCCAACAUCGUGUGCCUGCUGGGCUGCGUGACGCAGGAGCAGCCCGUGUGCCUGCUCUUCGAGUACACCAACCAGGGCGACCUGCACGAGUUCCUGGUGAUGCGCUCGCCCCACUCGGACGUGGGCUGCAGCAGCGACGAGGAUGGCACGGUCAAGUCCAGCCUGGACCACGGGGACUUCCUGCACAUCGCCGUGCAGAUCGCCGCCGGCAUGGAGUACCUGGCCGGGCACUUCUUCGUGCACAAGGACCUGGCCGCCCGCAACAUCCUGAUCGGGGAGCAGCUCCACGUGAAGAUCUCCGACCUGGGGCUCUCCAGGGAGAUCUACUCGGCCGAUUACUACAGGGUGCAGAACAAGUCGCUGCUGCCCAUCCGCUGGAUGCCCCCCGAGGCCAUCAUGUACGGCAAGUUCUCCUCCGACUCCGACAUCUGGUCCUUCGGGGUGGUUUUGUGGGAAAUAUUCAGCUUCGGCCUCCAGCCCUACUACGGGUUCAGCAACCAGGAGGUGAUCGAGAUGAUCCGGAAGCGGCAGCUGCUGCCGUGCUCCGAGGACUGUCCCCCCCGGAUGUACAGCCUGAUGACGGAGUGCUGGCACGACCUGCCCUCGCGCAGGCCGCGCUUCAAGGAGAUCCACGCGCGCCUGCGCUCCUGGGAGGGCCUCUCCAGCCACACCAGCUCCACCACCCCGUCGGGCGGCAACGCCACCACGCAGACCACCUCGCUGAGCGCCAGCCCCGUCAGCAACCUCAGCAACCCGCGCUACCCCAACUACAUGUUCCCGGCGCAGGGCAUCCCGCAGGGGCAGCUGGCGGGGUUCAUGGCGCCGCCGCUGGCGCAGAACCAGCGCUACAUCCCCAUCAACGGCUUCCCCAUCCCGCCGGGCUACGCCGCCUUCCCCGCGCCCCACUUCGCCCCGCCGGCCGCGCCCAGGGUGAUCCAGCACUGCCCCCCGCCCAAGAGCCGCUCGCCCAGCAGCGCCAGCGGCUCCACCAGCACGGGCCACGUCACCAGCCUGCCCUCGUCGGGCUCCAACCAGGAGGCCAACAUCCCCCUGCUGUCCCACAUGGCCAUCCCCAGCCACCCCGCGGGCAUGGGCAUGGCCAUGUUUGGCAGCAAGACUCAGAAACCCUACAAAAUGGACUCCAAGCAGUCCUCCCUGCUGGGGGACUCGAGCGUGCACGGACCCAACGAGUCGGUGAUCUCGGCCGAGUUGUAAAUACGCCAGGCCUUUGUACAGAGAACCCUUCGGACGCGGGCUCGGCGGGGGCAGCAGAGAUGGGUUUGUUUUUCUGUUCAGAUGUUUUAUUGAAGGUCCUUUUCUGGCUGUUGGACAGACGUCGCAGCAAAGUGUCUUCUGUGAAGUUUCACUGCUCGCCAGCACGGGCAGGCACAGCCAGACGGAUCCUCCUGGUGGGAAUCCCCAGCCUUGGCCACGAUUCCCCAAGUGCCACCAGCAGCUCAAAGAGGGGCAGGGGGAAUCUGAGGGGUUUUUUAAAGUUAAAAACGUUUUAUCAAUGCUUUUUCACGGCUUUUUGAAGCGUGGUUUGAAUCACGGGGACUUUUUUUUAAUACUGAAAACCAUAUUUUAAUAUUUGUCUCUUUUUUUAGGAGAUGCAAAGAUUCGGAGAUCUGGGUGUGCAAUUUCAGUGCCAAUAGGGAAAAUAUUUGUAAAUGUUGCGGUCGAGGAUUGUGUUUCAAAUGUGUGAUCUGAGAGCUGAAUCAGUUACUUCAGGUGGGAUUUUGGUCUUUGGUUUGGUUGGGAGUCUGAGCUCAGAUUCGUACCAAAAAAUGUCAUUUAUGUGACAGCACAAGUGCUGGAGUUACCAGCUUGCAGUCUACAAACCUCAUCUGCUGCUGGCUGCUGAGGGCAGCUGGAGCUCUUAAGGAAUUGCCUUAAAGGAAAUGAAAUUAAAGGGCUUUAAUUUCAGAACCUGAAUCAACUUCUUCGAAGAUAACGUUUCAUGAUCUAGUCGCUCAAGCAGGAAUUUUUUAUCCUUUUGUUGCUAUGCAACUGUGUAAUGGAAAAGCGCCAAACCACAAGUUUAGAGAUGACAAUCAGCUUUCCCAGGAAUAUUUAUUGUGUCAUUUCAGUGACUCUGACUCCAGUAACCCUGGAAAAAGGGAGGCUCACAUUCCAUCAGGCAGCAAAUCCAUCGAUAGCAAUUGUGUCUAAUAAUGUGAAUUAGUGCUGAUUUUCCACUUAGAAAUGCACCAUUUGUGUCAUUAAAAAACCCAUUCAGGUAGAACCAAUCGAGAUUCUUCAUUUGAAACCACUUUAAUGAGUUACACACGUGCUGUGUACGGUACAUUUUCCACAGACUCUUUUUUUGUACUGAAUAAUAUUUUUAUUGUCCACAAAAGCCAAUCUUUUUGCUCAGUUGACAAUGUUGUAUAAUAGGACUUUAUUUUUAUCUUUUUUGCACAAAAGUGUGAUGAUGUUUUUGUACAGCAGAAGUGAAAAUACAUCUCUGCAUUUUAUAUCUUGGGGCUGUUUCUUUUGAUUUUUACCCUGAUGUAGAUGUUCCUGAAAUAUAUUAUGGUGAUACUCAGCCACUACCUUAUACAAAUAUCUUUCUUUGUUUUCACUGCAUGCGUUUAAUCACUGUAUUACUUGAUGAUUGAGUUAUUAAUUAUGGGCAUUUCAAUUAGGCAAGCAUGAGAAAAAAAAAAUGUAAUAACAAAGGCUAUUUUAUAACUGAGAUAUGUGCAUUUUUGUAUUUCACGUGCCAGAGAUGAUAUUAAACACUGAUUAUUUUA